CAAUAACAAAAAAAUAAAAUUGUCAAAGACUCCAAAAAAUACAAAACCCUUCUCAGAAAUCUGGGAAUAUUAUGAAAAAGGUGCACAAAAGAAUAAUGGACAUUAUGAAGCUAUUUGUUUCUAUUGUAAAACAAAAUGGUCAAGUGGAAAGCCACAAAAAAUGGAAGUGCACCUGGCAAAUGAAUGUAUACAAUGUCCUGAAGAGAUAUCAAUAUAUUGGCGUGAAAAUAUAGCUAACCGACAAACAACCUAUUCUCGUAAUAACCAAAAAUUACUUUCUUCACAACCACCUUAUUCAACUCAAACACAAAUAACCGAUCAUUAUAAGUCUGAUCAGUCUUUACCCAAAUUUGUUGUUGACCGACUUGAUAAAAAGAUUUUAAAGGCUUGGGUCAUGGCUGGUAUUCCAUUUAAUGUAAUAGAAAACCCAUUUGUUUUAGAUCUCUUUAAAGAUCUAAAUCCUGGUUAUUCCCCACCAUCACGAACUACUCUCUCUGACCUUCUUAUUACAGAAGAAUAUACACGAGUGAAUCUGGCGAUUGAACGUGAUUUGGAACAAUCUGAUAAUCUUACUUUAGCGUUAGAUGGUUGGACUACUCCUAAAAUGUAAUCAAUUUAUAAUUACAUAGUCACAACUGAUACUCGAAUGGAAUAUUUGAUUGGU